UCUGUCCUGCAUUAAUUUACACAGAUGAGUUUUCAGGUAAAAUUUAACAAGUGAGAUUUUGCAAGAUUCAUCUUUGUUUUCAAAAUCUCAAUUUUACAAUUUUUAGCAAUACAUUGAUGAAUACUCCAUAGUCCAUAUGAUGCUCUAAAGUGUCUUAUAGACUGUGAAAGUUAACUGUGUCUGUAUGUGAAAAUCAACGUAAACUGAGUGUAUUUGUUGGUUGGUCUUAGGCCUUUGUCAAAUUAACUUCUGAGUACUUUCUUAAUAGUUUUGUCUUUCCUCUUGAAAAAAAUUUCCUGGUCUUUCGAAGGAAGUAGUCAUCUUGCUGGUGAAGUGUGACAGGUUAACUGCCAGUUGUACUUGAAGUAUAAAUUGACAAUUCUGUCGUAGUGGUAACCUUGACACAAAUGAUGAAAGUGACAGUUUUGAAGCUUAUGGACUCUGCCGUCUCGUUUAAUUGUUGCCUGAACGUGUUCGCAACUCCUCUUUUGCAUGCAACACUCCUACCACUAUGGUUUUUUGGUGUCAUUGCAUAUCAUAUAAAGGCUUCAUGUUCUACAAAACAUCUUAAUAAUCUCCAGAGACACCUCAAGAUGGAUACCAGCACUCCCAUCACUACUAACUCCAAAGCUCGUCGUCCUCAAUCUGCUGCCAUCCCUCGCUCGCCGCGCUUGAGUCGUAGUAGUAGUGGUACAUCAACCAGUUCUCUCUCAGAGUCUCGUGGGAUAUCCCCUCAUCGUUCUUCUAGUCGGGUCUCAUCUGUUUCUCUUCAAGAAAUCCGUUCUCUUGUAUCCACCUCUCCUCAACAGUCGUUAAGUCGUGUCUCAAGGUCCGCCACCACAUCCCCUCGACCCUCUUUUCAUCGGUCGAGGUCAACAACCAAGUCUAGGAGCACUUCUAAGGAGGAUAAAGAAGAGGAAAGCUACAACAUCCCCAUAUCCAAAAUAUUGUGCAGUCCGCAGAGAAAAAGCUUAGAUAGCAAUGAAGAUGUUCACACUUUGAGCCAGAGUAGUGUCACUAAGCUUAUUAGGUCGAGUUCUCAUAACACGUUGGCGAAGGUGGUUGGAAGGUCAUCGAUCAGUUCACCGUCUGCAUGGGCACGGUCACCCCGCCGCCCAUAUUCCGUUCCACCCUUGGCACCAGAUUCUCCGAAGGUGAAAGGUGUUAGUGGGGUUUUGAAGUACUUCAAUAAGCAAAAGAAGGUAUCUACAGUGCAGGAGGAAGAGUUUCAUCAAUACAAGAUUAUGCAUAAUAGGUUGCUUCAAUGGAGGUUUGUUAAUGCUAAAGCUGAGGUUGCUAUGGCUAAAGUUAAGAGGAAAGCAGAGGAGAAAGUGUUUGGUGUGUGGUUAAAAUUAUACAAAAUGAGAUAUGCAAUUGCAGAAAAGAGGAUGAAAGUGGAAAGGCUAAAGCAAAAAGUAAAGUUUCUUCAAAUUGUAAGCCCACAAAUUGAGCUUCUCAAUGAGUGGGAGAAGUUGGAGAAAAAAAAUUGUGAAGCUGUUGGUAGAGUUACUAGGAAGCUCUCUGCUUACUCUACAAAACUUCCAUUAGUUGAUGGUGCAAUGGCAGAUACAGUACCUGUAUAUAAUGCCAUGAAAGUAGCCUUGGAACUCACGGAAAAUAUCGAGGAAACCAUCAUAAAUCUCCAAUUACAGGCUGAAAGCGCAAGUGAAAUGCUAAGGGAACUUACGCAAACUGUUAAACAAAACAUGGAAUGCUUGCAAGAAUUGGAUAAGGAGAUUUCAACUGUUAUGUCCCUAGAGGCUUAUGAGAAAAGCCUGGUAGUACAUAUUUUACAAGCAACUAAGGAGCCAGAGGAAGACCAGAAGAACUGUAAACAACAUCUUAUGAAAUUCUUCAAAAACAAGGAGACAACUUUAAUGUUUCCCAUGUUGAACGUCUCUUAAUUAUAUCAAGAGGUUGUCUUCUCUUGCAUGUUACAUAUACAUACAUCAGCCCCCAAAGUGGCGAGGCUGAAAUUUUUUGUAUCAUGGGUCUUGAAAGGCCAAGUUUUGGAAGAAUGAUGUCAAUUUCUAUAAAGAAUGAUAUGUACCAAUGUCAG